AUGUUGCAAGAUCCAAAUUGUGACACUUUGCUUGCCGUGAGUUUUGCUGAUUAUAAACGAAUCUGGGAUGAAGUUGGUGAAACUGAUGAGGAACGAGACAAAAUGCUCCUUCAGUUGGAGCAAGAGUGCCUGGAUGUCUACAAGAGGAAAGUUGACCAUGCUGUGAAAUCUAGGGCUCAACUUCUUCAGACACUGGCAGACGCUAGAGUUGAACUCACUAACCUCCUAUCUGCCCUUGGAGAGAAGGCUUACGUUGGAAAUUCUGAUAAAACAUCAGGGACAAUCAAGGAGCAGCUUGAGGCUAUAGCCCCUGCACUGGAAAAACUGUGGAAGCAGAAAGAUGACAGGAUUAGAGAGUUUUCAGAAGUUCAAUCUCAAAUACAGACAAUAUGUGCAGAAAUUGCUGGAGCUUGUGAGCCUGCAGAGAGUCCAGUAGUUGAUGAGUCCGAUCUAUCCACGAAAAAGUUGAACGAAUUUCAAGCCCAGCUCCAUGACCUUCAAAAAGAAAAGAGUGACAGGUUGCACAAGGUUCUUGAUUUCGUGAGCACUGUACAUGAUCUUUCUGCUGUUCUGGGCGUAGACUUCUUUACUACUGUUACAGAAGUGCAUCCUAGCCUAAACGACUCUCGGGGUGUGCAAUCAAAGAGCAUAAGUGAUGAUACACUGUCUAGAUUGGCUAAGACUGUUUUAGCUCUAAAGGAAGACAAAAAGAAGAGGUUGCAGAAGCUUCAAGAAUUGGCAACUCAGCUUAUUGACCUUUGGAAUUUGAUGGACACACCUGCAGAAGAGCGCAGCCUCUUUGAUCAUGUAACAUGUAAUAUUUCAGCUUCAGUGGAUAAAGUUACUGUUCCUGGGGCUCUUGCUUUAGACAUCAUAGAACAAGCUGAAGAGGAAGUUGAGAGACUUGAUCAGCUAAAAGCUAGCCGAAUGAAGGAAAUCGCUUUUAAGAGGCAAGCUGAACUUGAGGAUAUAUUUGCACAUGCUCACAUAGAGAUAGAUACUGAGGUUGCCCGAGAAAAGAUCUUAUCUCUAAUUGACUCCGGCAGCAUUGAGCCUACAGAGUUAUUGGCUGACAUGGAAAAUCAGAUCAUGAAAGCAAAAGAAGAGGCAGCUAGCAGGAAGGACAUAUUGGAUAAAGUUGAGAAGUGGAUGUCAUCUUGUGAAGAAGAAAGUUGGCUUGAAGACUACAAUAGGGAUGACAACAGGUAUAAUGCCAGUAGAGGUGCACAUUUGAAUCUGAAGAGGGCUGAAAAGGCACGAAUUUUGGUCAGUAAAAUUCCAGCUCUUGUAGAUGGUUUAAUUGCAAAAACUCGUGCUUGGGAGCAAGAUCGUGGGAUCACAUUCAGGUAUGAUGGUGUUCCCCUACUGGCGAUGCUAGAUGAGUAUGUAAUGCUCAGACACGACAGAGAAGAGGAGAAGAAGAGGUUGAAGGAACAAAGGAAGUUCCACGAACAGCUGAACAAGGAACAUGACUCAGUGUUGGGCUCCACACCAAGCCCACGAAACUCGAGCACCAAGAAAGCAGUUGGGCCGCGGGCCAAUGGGGCUGCCAGCAGACGUCUCUCUCUGAAUGCCCAUCAAGAUGGUGCAAAAUCCAUGAAUAGAGAUGGGAAGAGAGAGUCAAGGCCAGUGGCCCCACUCAACUUCGUGGCCAUAUCCAAAGAAGAUGCAGUGGAGACCCUCUCGACCACUCCUUAAAUUUGUCCGAAUGUAUUAGCCAUGACACAUUUUGUUUGUCUUACUUACUCUGUAGGGAAACGUUUGUUUCUAGGAAAGAUGAUAUGUUCCCAAUGUGAGUGAGUGUGAGUUUAAUGUAGAGACUGUUUUAUGGUAUCCCAUGUUUGUGGUUUAAAUUGAGUUUAGAGAGUUCCUUUUCACGCAUAUUUUGCUGGUCGGGUGCAUUUUCUUGAAGCUGGAUUUGGUGCUUGCUGAGAGAGCCCAAGAUGGAUGUGGUGACUUGAAAGUAUGUAUAUUAAUGAUCCGUUCAUAAAAACUAUAGGUUUGUUAUGCUGCUACUACUUGAUCCUAUGCACACAUAAAUAUCCAAAUAAAAUUUUAUUGUUACAAUACCCGCGUAUUAUACCAGAUAAAGGAUGAUUUUCUAUGUAUUUGUCUGUUUGAUUGUCUAUGUAUUUGGAUUAAAGGAUGUUAAUGUUAGUGUCAGGAUUGUGUUAUGGUGCUUUUGUGUGUCUUAGGGUUUUGGUUAUGAAGAUAGGUUAAGAACGGUAUUGAACACUUUGUUUGGUGAUCUUGUUGUUUUAAAUGAUGUCAAACAUCAUUCAUCUUGCAAUGUGGUGAUGAAAUGAACAUCAUAUCAUGAUAUGAACAAUAA